UGCAGGCGCCAUGCUGCCGCUCCUGCUGGGCCUGCUGGGCCCGGCAGCGUCCUGGGCACUGGGCCCGGCGCCCGGCUCCACGGAGCUGCGCUCGGCCUUCUCGGCGGCACGCACCACUCCUCUGGAGGGCACUUCGGAGAUGGAGAUGGCGGUGACCUUCGACAAGGUGUACGUCAACAUCGGGGGCGACUUCGACGCAGCCACGGGCCAGUUCCGCUGCCGCGUGCCGGGCGCCUACUUCUUCUCGUUCACGGCCGGCAAGGCUCCGCACAAGAGCCUGUCGGUGAUGCUGGUGCGCAACCGCGACGAGGUGCAGGCGCUGGCCUUCGACGAGCAGCGGCGGCCCGGCUCGCGGCGCGCCGCCAGCCAGAGCGCCAUGCUGCAGCUCGACUACGGCGACGUGGUGUGGCUGCGGCUGCACGGCGCCCCGCAGUACGCGCUGGGCGCGCCCGGCGCCACCUUCAGCGGCUACCUGGUGUACGCCGACGCCGACGCGCCCGCGCCUGCGCGCCGCCCGCCCGCGCCCCCCGAGCCGCGCUCGGCCUUCUCGGCGGCGCGCACGCGCAGCCUGGUGGGCUCGGACGCGGGCCCGGGCCCGCGACACCGGCCCCUCGCCUUCGACACGGAGCUCGUCAACAUCGGCGGCGACUUCGACGCGGAGGCCGGCGUGUUCCGCUGCCGCCUGCCUGGCGCCUACUUCUUCUCCUUCACGCUGGGCAAGCUGCCGCGGAAGACGCUGUCGGUGAAGCUGAUGAAGAACCGCGACGAGGUGCAGGCCAUGAUUUACGACGACGGCGCGUCGCGGCGCCGCGAGAUGCAGAGCCAGAGCGUGAUGCUGGCGCUGCGUCGCGGCGACGCCGUGUGGCUGCUCAGCCACGACCACGACGGCUACGGGGCCUACAGCAACCACGGCAAGUACAUCACCUUCUCCGGCUUCCUGGUGUACCCCGACCCCGACCCCGCCGCCGCCGCCAGCCCGCCCGGCCCCGGGCCCCUGGAGCUCUGAGCUCCCACUGGGCGGAGCCAAGGGGCGUGCAUGCCGGGCCGCGCGGCCCCACCACUCGCUGGCGAGCAUGACGGCCCGCCCCGCGCGGCUGGAUGCCAAUAAAGCGGGCCUGGGCCGGCGCCUCUGUCCGGU